UUAAAUUUUUACAAAUCAAGGGUUUGGGUGAAUGCUUACUUUCUUAUUAGUACUGUUCGUCACGCCCUUAUUUACAACCACGUUGGGAGAAAAAGAAAAAAACACACGUUUUCUCAAUUCAAACAGCCAAACAUUUUUCCGUUCAAUCGGAAAAGCUUUUACUUGUAAAUAUGUUCUUAAAAUUUCAUUUACUUUGUUCAUAAAACAGAGAAAAGAGAUCGAUCAUCGCAAACUUUCGAUCCCUAAAGGCCAAACAGUCCCCCCAAUAUUCUUUUGCUUCCUUACAUUUCAAUUUUCAGCAGGUGUUUUGAUUUUGUUAUGGAGACUUGAAGCUUUUUUGGUUACUUUUUGAGCUAGAGAAAGUUGACGUAGUUGUUUAGGGAUAAGAAAUUUUGAAAAUUUUGAUAAAUGCGGGUAUAAUUGUUGGAAAAAUUUGUCUUAUUGUUUGAAUUUAGUAGGAAAGAAUGAGUGUGGUAGGAUUAGAUAUCGGGAACGAGAACUGCAUUAUUGCAGUUGCUAAGCAACGUAGUAUUGAUGUGUUGUUGAAUGAAGAAUCGAAGCGUGAGACACCUGCUGCUGUUUCGUUUGGUGAGAAACAAAGGUUCAUUGGCUCAGCUGGAGCUGCUUCUGCAACAAUGAAUCCUAGGUCCACUAUUUUGCAGGUUAAGAGAUUGAUUGGUAGGAAGUUUAAUGAACCUGGUUUGGAGAAAGAACUUAAGUUGUUCCCUUUUGAAACAUUUGAAAGCCCUGAUGGCGGAAUUUUGAUCCGGUUACAGUUUAUGGGAGAGGUUCAUGAAUUUACACCUAUACAGAUUUUGGGGAUGUUGCUUUCACAUUUAAAGCAGAUAGCUGAGAAGAAUUUGGAAAUGCCUGUUUCGGAAUGUGUAAUUGGAAUUCCAUCCUACUUCACUGAUUUACAGAGGCGUGCUUAUUUGGAUGCAGCGGCGAUUGCUGGGUUGAAACCGUUGAGAUUGUUGCACGAUUGUACUGCCACUGCCCUUGGAUACGGAAUUUACAAGACUGAUAUCUCUAACUCUAGUCCAGUUUAUACUGUCUUUGUGGAUAUUGGUCACUGUGACACACAGAUCUGUAUUGCAUUAUUUGAGACUGGACAAAUGAAAAUCAUUUCUCAUGCUUUUGAUUGUAGCUUGGGAGGAAGAGAUUUUGAUGAAGUUCUGUUCAAUCACUUUGCAUCCCAAUUUAAGGAGCGGUAUAACAUUGAUGUUUUUACAAAUAUAAAGGCAUCUGUUAGGUUGAGGGCAUCAUGUGAGAAGCUGAAGAAGGUCUUGAGUGCUAAUGCGGAAGCACCACUUAAUAUAGAGUGCUUGAUGGAUGAGAAAGAUGUUAGGGGUUUAAUCAAGAGGGAGGAGUUUGAGAAGUUGUCUUCUGAUUUGUUGGAAAGGAUUACUGUUCCUUGUCGCAAGGUUUUGGCUGAUUCUGGUUUGACUCUGGAUAAAAUCAAUUCAGUUGAGCUUGUUGGAUCAGGGUCUCGAAUUCCGGCUAUUACACGGAUUUUAGCUUCUAUAUUUAACCGGGAGCCCAGCCGGACAAUAAAUGCUAGUGAGUGUGUGGCUCGUGGUUGUGCUCUUCAGUGUGCAAUGCUUAGUCCAAUAUUCCGUGUCAGAGAGUAUGAGGUCCAAGAUUCUCUUCCUUUAUCUAUUGGAUUCUUAUCUGACAAAGGUCCAGUUUGCACUCUUUCGAAUGGUGUGCUUUUCCCAAAAGGGCACCCAUUUCCAAGUGUUAAGAUUCUUACUUUGCAUAGAACUAAUAUGUUCAAUAUGGAAGCAUUCUAUGUCAAUUCAAAUGAGUUACCUUCCAAAUUAUCUCCUCAAAUUAAUACUUUCACGAUUGGGCCUAUCCAAUGCCACACAAAUAUGGCUAAAGUGAAGGUCAGAGUUCAGCUAAAUCUUCAUGGAAUUGUGAAAUUGGAUUCAGCUGUGCUAAUAGAGGAUCAACUGGAUAACUCUGUGACAACCAAUGAUCCUCAUUUGACUUCAGAACAGGCUGGUGUAGCAAGAAGAGGAAAAGCUGUAAAAAGGUUGGAAAUCCCUAUUAGUGAGAGUGUCUGUGAUGGAAUGAAAAGGGACGAGAUUGCUAAAGCUGAAGAGAAAGAACGUUGGUUGAUGCAACAGGACUUGAAGAUGGAGCAAACCAAAGAUAAGAAAAAUGCCCUUGAGUCUUACGUUUAUGAGAUGCGUGAUAAGAUUUUAAAUGCAUAUCGAAGCUUUGCAAAUGAGUCAGAUAGGGAAGAGAUAUCUAGAAAACUUCAGCAGACAGAAGAUUGGCUUUAUGAGGACGGGAUGGAUGAAACUGAAAAUGUUUAUGUAGAGAAGCUUGAGGAUUUAAAAAAGCUUGUUGACCCUAUCGAAAAUCGUUAUAAAGAUGAAGAAGCUCGGGUACAAGCAGCAAAGGAUCUGCUAAAGUGUAUUGAAGAUUAUUGGAAGGCUGCAGCAUCACUUUCAUCCAUUAAGAAAGAUGCGGUUACUGAUGAGUGUAAUAAAGCAGAGAGGUGGUUACAAGAGAAAUCCCAACAACAAGACUCCUUGCCCAAAGAUGUUGAUCCAAUGAUUUGGUCAUGUGAGAUCAAGAGAAAAAUGGAGGCUCUUGAAGCGACAUGCAAAUAUAUGAUAAGAUCCAAUGCUUCUCGGGAUGAUAUGAAUGUAACAGAUCAAGGAGACAAAUCAGAUGGCAUGCAGUAAGAUCGAUGCUGAUACGCAUAUAAUUUAUCACACCAAAUACCAGCAAACUCAAAAUCAACCAAAUCAACUGUCGUUCGAAAUAUGAAGAUUUAUACUGACUGAUACAAAAUUGUUUGGGCUUUCAGACAUCAUUGCUCAAGGUGAGCACAGAUUGUUUCCUUUUUUUUUUUUUUCGUUUUAAUACUUGAUGUUUGUUUGAUUAACACUUAUGAUUUUCGUUAUUAGCCGUACCUUACAUUUCACAUUAUCCCCUUUUAGUUCUAAACCUUUCGGUUGUUUUCGUCAUUUAAAGGAGCUAACUACUAUAGUGAACAGAAAUCUUAAUGUCUCUCCGCUUUCUCUCAGACACAAUUUUAACUUAGUAGUAUGAGCUUCAACUUGGAUUAGCAUUACUUUGUAUAUUGUUUUCUUGAGCAAUAAGCACAAUUAGAGCACAUUGGGAAGCUUAUUUUAUGUUUUAUGUAAUCAAUCAAACUCUAGGGUUCUACAUUCUCACCUGUGAGUUCAAGCGACAACCAUAUUCAAGGCUUAUAUAGCCCUUUGAACAUCUUACCAGUAAGCAAACCAUUUGAUAGUAGUAUGAGCAAAAUGCAAUUGCAUUAGCAUUUUAGCUUAUUGUGGUGGGUCAAUCGAUUCCUUAAUUUCUUCAUUUUUUUGAUGCAUAUGCAGGCAAAAGCUUAAUAAUCCCUUCAAUAAUUAGUUCUUGAGAAGAGUCUCCCUCUUGUCUUCCCAUUUGUCUAACCGCUUCUUUGCUGUCUCCACCUGAAAAUUUCAGUAAGCUCAUCAAUGCUUCCAUCUUUUCCGCUUUGAGAAUUAAUGCCCCAUAUAGGGUGUUAAUUAAGAACUUAAUAUAGAUGAAAACUUCGUUGAAUGCCCUCUAGGUUACAAAAAUUAUGUCAAAUUAUGAUUUUGGUUCCUCUACUAUGCUUAAAUUUGAGAUUUAGUUGGUCUAAAUAGUUAAUGAAGUUCAGUAUUUCGGUUAAAAUACUGAUGUUGAUUUUUUCUCCUUGAAAACUGUCAUUUCAACUUGUCAUGCUAACUGACGUCUAUAAGUUUUUGUUGUUUUUGUUGGAAAGAAUGUUUGUAAGAAAAA